UUUCGAAGCACCAGGCGGUCAGGCAGAGAUAGUAAGCUCAGACAACGGUAGUUUCAGUUUGAGAAUACUUUUCUUUCCACGCCACCAUCCUGUGAAGCCAAAUUAGCUGCUUCCGUUUUGGUCACCGGCUUUACGAAGGACAAUUCUAGAGACUGAUAGCUCAACGGAGGUUGCCACUCGCAUAGAUGGGGAAGAAGAAAGAGGUUCCUCCGAGCGAAGCUCCCCAAGCAGCACCUCCAGAACCGAAGCAAUCAUCCGGCUUCUCAUUCUUCAAAGGCAAGAAGAAGAAUGGAUCGAACAACACCCCCGAAGUCUCGGCUCGCUCGCUCCCCAGAGACAGCAACACUAAUCCACCGAACGACAACUCCAAUUCGGGACCUUAUCAGCAAGGUCCCUAUGCUGGCCCCAACGAUCCCAAUCAGCCGUACGGGUAUGGGUACGAAUAUGGAUAUGACCCUAGAUAUCCCCCUCCUCCCGGUGAAAACGGACCGCCGGGAGGCCCUCCGCCGCAGAUGAUGGGAGGUGACCCCAACUAUGAUCGGAACGGAGGAUACAACGGUCCUGCGGCGGAUACCCCAGUGCAGCAGACCGGCCCACCACCACCCGACAACCGCCCGCCAGUAGAUUUUGACUGGCGUUCACAGGCCAGGUUCGAGCAACUGGGCCCGAACCAACAGCCGCAGAGUCCGUUUGGAGACCCGAGUCGUGCAAAGGUGCCGUUUGACCCGGACCAGCCGAUUCGUGGAGGCAAGAUGGGUUUGGGAGCGAUUGAUGAGAGUGGGCAGGCGCUUGCGGAGGAGGGGUCGCCGGAUGAUAGGUUUAGGGAGCAUCCGGGGGCAUCUGACCAUCAUGUUCCGCCAAAGAAGAAGCCACUUGCUGCGAAGAAACCGGUCAAAGCCGAGCCGAAGCCGGAGAGUGAACCUGUAGAGGCGCCGCCCGUGGCGAGCAAACUGCCGGCGAAAAAGGGCAGACAGCCUUCCGAGCCGGUUGCGGCGGCCACACCGGAGCCGGAAUCAAAGGCGGCAAAGCCGUGGGAUAAUAAGAAGGCUACUCCUGUGCAUCGUCCAUCAGUGUUGGAUGAGCCAAAAGCGGAAGAAGCAUCGCUCGUAAAUGCUAAGCUGCCAAAGCAUUUACAGGGCAAACUAGACCGGCAGAAGAAGCAAGCCGAGGCGGCUCCUGGGCCUGCCAAAGACGUCGCGCUCCCGGAUGUAGCAGCGUACCAUGAUGCAGCUACCCCGGAUGUAGAAGCGGAGCCUGCGUCAAAGCAUAGGGCAAAACCUCCCGUCAGGGCCCCAGCUGUUGCUGCCAAGCUGCCACCCACGGAAUCGAUGAGCAAACCUCGUGCUCGAUCCCCUUCCAGCAACGCUCCGCAACGCAAAGCGCCGUCGCCAAUCAAUCUCCCUCGACCUCGCAGCUCGACCAAACGGCGCGUCUUCUUUCCCAAAUCACGCAUCCCGACUCUCAAAGCCCGCCGCCAGCAACAGCAACUUCAACGCCGCGGUCUUGCGUUCCAGCCCGACCAAAUGCUAGAUACUCUGCAGACCCUCGCCGCGAAUCACGCGAAAGUCAGCGACUCGAUCGUUGCCACGUACGGACCGCGGCAGCAGGCGCCUGGGUAUCGCAAGGCCAGCGAGGCGAUCUUGUCGAUUCCGAGUAUGCCACUCGAGCAGAAGGUGAUGAUGUUGUCUGAGCGGUUGGACGAAGAGGAGGAGGAAGUGAGGAAGUUGCAUACGGAGAAGACUGAGUAUGGGCGGCAGGUCGUGUCGUUGAGGAAACGGAUGCAGAGGGAGGUUGAGAGGUCCAAGCCGUUACCCAAGGUCAUCACUAUGGUGCCGCCUAGCGUUGAGGCCAAUCUGAACCUCCGAUACCAAUUCAAAAGAUUGGUGGACCACGAACGAGAGAAGACGCAGAAGUUCGCAGAAGAGAACAAGCACUUGACUGCCCGCGUCAAGGAACUGGAAGCAAAACAAAACGCGACCAAACACCCGCCCUCAUCCGCUUCCAACUCGCACCGCAACAACGAGAUCGUCUCCUUGCGCAAGCGUCUUCGGGAGUCCGAGACAGAGAAGCGUCGACUGGAGGAACUCGUGCACAAAGUGCAAUCCCAACUAGCGAAAGAAUCAAAGGAGAAAGAGAAGAUCGACAAGGAUCGGGAAGCGAUGCGGCAGCAGUUCACUCAUCUGCGAGGAAUGGAUCUGGAGGUUGGGAUGGAUUCAACAGCGGCAGGGCUUGGAGGGGUGUUAAGUCGGAGGGCGUCAGCAAGGUUGGAUGUGGAGCAGGAUGUGAAGAGGCGGGCUCCGGUGAAAAAACUGGGAGAUGGAUUGCGACACCAGGCGAAACCAGCAGGGGAUGAAAGGCAGCCGGAGGACGAGCUGGCUGGACCGUCGACGCAGUUGGCAGAACAGAGGAAAGGCGCGGGUGAGCUUGGGAAAGCGCAGAAUGAACGUACCGUCGCCGGAAAGCCUGUGCGAAAGCCCGUGGUCCAUGCAAGGAGCCAGGUGCCUGCGCAACCUUCCUCGAAUGCAGCAGAGGAUCCAACCCAGGAAGGACAUACAGAGGAGCCACGUAAGCCGCAGCGGUCGGCAAAACGACCGAAAGCUAAGCAGGACAGGGAUGGUGAGCAGGACGAGGACCAGUCGACCGGAAGCAAAGGAGACCUAGCUGGAGACGGCAAAGGCAAACUUCCAGGAGUGUUCCGCACAGCUCCGGACCGGCAGCGUUCCGUCCUCGCCAACCUCGAUCGAGACCUGCGCGAAGCCGGCUCUCUCAUCGACUCCCUCGACCAGGACCUCGUACGCGCUGCCGAUCGAACGCGCCAACGCCGCCCGACAGGCGAGAUCGGAGCAUAUGGAUCCGAAGAUGACGGAGGCGUCGGCGUGCCAAACAGCAGAUACGAUGAGUAUGAUCGGCACAAGGGCUCGGAGGCGUUGGGCGCUGUUCCGGAGUUACCGCGACAGCAUCGACCCCAAGAAGAUGAUGGCGAUGAGAGGAUGCGGUCGGCGAAGAUCAGAGCGGAGUACAAAAUCUGGGUGGAGAAGAAGAAGCAGGAGGCGGCGGCGGCGGCGGCGCAGGCCGGUGGGCCAAUACCAAACAGAUAAGGCAAAAAUAGUAGCAGCAAGAUAGUUCCGAGGCUAAUAUAGUGAUAGUUGCCCCGACUCUCCGAUAGUGAUUUCUCGACAGAAGUGACAGAACUAGUAUCAUAGGACAGCUCGCUAGGCUGCAUGAGAUUCUAUGA